UGACGCACAUACACACAAGAACACGCACUUGCACGAAAUCCAUUGUCUCUCUCUCUCUCUCUCUCUCUCUAUACAACUCUCUCCUUUUCUCUUUUCUUUCUCUUCCUCAAAUUUCGCCCAUUUGUCUACUUUUUCUUCUUCAUCGCCGUUCCAUUCCCAGUAAAAAAAAUUAAGCAAAACCACACUUGCUUUUCGAAUGUCAAUAGAUAUUGAUUGCUCCUGUUCGGAUUUCUUCAAUGAGAAUCAAUUGCGCUUCCAUGCAUUAGGGUUUCGAUUUGGGGUUUCAAUUAUUUCGAGGAUGUAGUUCGAGAAAACAUCUUGAACGUUUUGUUCUGGGAUCGGUUUCGAGUGUGGUGAACUUGUAAUUUGCUUACACUUUUUGGGGCACUUGUGGUGAUAAUCUUGUUUAUCAGAGGCGGUAUUCUAGUGUUUUUUUUUUUUUUUUUGUUAAUCCCAAGUAGCUGUUGAAGUUGAAAAAUUAGCCUCUGGGAGUUCUUUGGGUAUUGUUGGAAUUUGAGAUUUAUUAAUUGAACCAAUUGCCAUGGAUCACGUUGUUGGUGGAAAAUUUAAGCUUGGAAGGAAAAUUGGGAGUGGUUCAUUCGGUGAACUUUUUUUAGGUGUAAACAUACAAAAUGGAGAAGAAGUAGCCAUCAAGCUGGAAUCUGUGAAGACCAAGCACCCUCAGCUUCACUAUGAGUCUAAAAUUUAUAUGCUUCUUCAAGGAGGAACGGGCAUUCCCAACAUGAAAUGGUUUGGGGUUGAGGGGGAAUAUAAUAUUAUGGUUAUAGACCUUCUUGGACCAAGUCUGGAAGAUCUCUUCAACUAUUGUAGCAGGAAGUUCUCCUUGAAAACAGUAUUGAUGCUUGCAGAUCAAUUAAUUAAUAGAGUUGAAUACAUGCAUUCAAGAGGUUUUCUUCACCGUGAUAUAAAGCCUGACAACUUUUUGAUGGGCCUAGGGCGUAAAGCGAACCAAGUUUACGUUAUCGAUUUUGGUCUUGCCAAAAAAUAUAGGGAUCUCCAGACUCAUAAGCACAUACCUUAUAGGGAAAACAAGAAUCUCACAGGUACUGCUCGUUAUGCCAGUGUUAAUACACAUCUUGGAGUUGAACAAAGCCGGAGAGAUGAUUUGGAAUCUCUUGGUUAUGUCCUUAUGUAUUUCCUGAGGGGAAGCCUCCCCUGGCAGGGACUUAGAGCUGGCACCAAAAAGCAGAAAUAUGACAAGAUUAGUGAAAAGAAGAUGUUAACUCCUAUAGAGGUGCUGUGCAAAUCAUAUCCAUUGGAGUUCACAUCAUAUUUUCACUAUUGCCGAUCAUUAAGAUUCGAGGACAAGCCAGAUUAUUCUUAUUUGAAGAGGCUUUUCCGAGACUUGUUUAUUCGGGAAGGUUACCAAUUUGACUAUGUGUUUGAUUGGACUAUAUUGAAGUAUCCUCAGAUUGGUUCCAGUUCAAGAACACGAAAUUCCAGUGGAAAUGCAGUGGCUGGAACCUCUAGCGAAAGACCAGGAAGAACAUCAGUGGGGCAAGACAUUCGAGAUAGAUUCUCAGGUGCUGUCGAAGCUUUUUCCAGAAAAAAUGCUUUGGGUUCUGGUUGGCAUGCCGAACAUUCUAGACACAGGACAUCAGAUGUACCUUCAUCCAAGGAUGUGCAACCGGACUUAGAAAGAGGCCAAACUUCUCGAAAUGGAAGCUCUUCAAAGAGAGCUGCCAUUUUGAGCGACUGGCCUAGUGCCUCUGGUGAAUCCAGAUUGGUAUCAAGCAUUGAUCAUUUGUCUUCCACGCAAAGGAUUCAACCUGGGAUUGAACCCAAGCCAUCAUCGUUCUCUCGUGCUGCACCCAAUAAAGGUACUCGCAAUGACCCUCUUCGAAGCUUCGAGUUUCUCACAAUCAGGAAAUAAGACAAUGGUUUUUUGUAAAAAGUUAAUAUAGUCUCCAAUGGGCAAGUGUCAUCCAUCUUUUAAGGAAAUAUUUUCAAUCUCAUAGCCUUCUAAACAGGAAUGUGUUUUACACCACAAUUAAUCUCCUCCUGACUUUCUUCACAAAGUAUUAUUUCUUGUCUCGUGUUGAUUAUGAGUUCUCUCUGUUGUGUACUCUCAUCCAUGGAAAUGAUAAGGUUUAUGUGUGAGAUUUUUCUGUUUCUUGAGACGAGGAUAGCACAGAUAAAUGAUUUUUUGUAUGGAUCCGUCCUUCAUGUAUUUUUGUGCCUUUUCUUUUCCCUGAAAAUUCUAUAUGGCUACAAAUUGUUUUUGAA